AUGCAACAGGCCUGGGAUAAGGCUCUCUUUGAGGCUCACAUCGAAGGUGUCAAGAACGGCCAGACUGGUGAAAUGUCGGGGAAAAGCCAAGGAGGAUAUAUGGGAGCCAAGACGUCCAACGAACACUUCCAGAGCACCAGCGUGUCCGACGGCAAUGAUAACAAGCCCCAGCCAGUGGGUGGUGGCCCGGGCCAGCUGAGUGGUGGGGGUGGGACCCACCAGAACACACAGCUCCUCUUGACACCCGCCAGCAUCCAGCUAGCCCAGCUCCAGGCCCAGCUCACCUUCCACCGCCUUAAACUGGCCCAGAGUGCUGUGGGAGGCAACGCAAACUCUGCAAACGUAGCCAGCAUCCUCAAUCAGGUCCUCGCCAAUGUGGCCAUGUCCCAGCCCCUCUUCAACCAGCUCCGCGCCUCGGCCAUGGUCAGUAAUCCCCAAGCAGUUGGUGGUGGUUUCCACUCCAGUGCCCUAGCCUUCCAACUGCCUCCACCACCGCCGCCACCGCCUCCACCGCCGCAACCCCCCAACUCUGCCCUGGGGACUUUGGUAGGGGCCGGAUUCAACCAGAAUCAUGGUAAUGUGAGGCUGAACCAUUACGGAGGUGGGGGUGUUUCUGGGAACCAACAGCAGCAGCAACAGGCCAACCAGCAUGGUGGAUCAGACUACGGCAAGAAAGCUUCAGAUACGGAUAGGCGUCUCCAGUAUGGCUUCAUAGGGGGGACGUCGGUGGCGUUGAGUGAAGCCGGAGAGGGACAAGGACAGUACGUGCCAAUCAUGACUCAGGCAAAGAGUACAAACCAAGGCUUUCAGAUUGACUUCUAUGGUCAGAGUCAACAACAGCAGGCUGGGUUCGGUGUUGGGAAUCAAUACGGUCAGAACAAGAACGCUUUUAAUGAGCAGCAGUGGAAAAGCCCAGCUAACAUGAGCCACGCGGGAAAAGGGUUGGACAUGGUUUCCAAUGCUGCCACAGUAUGGAUGGGGACUGGGCAGCCAUUCUGUGCCAGAGAGGAACUGUACAAUCCAGAGGAGCCAACCUCUGACCCCAAGUUAAAUUCCGGCGGUGGGGGAGUUACUUCCUCGUUCGGAGCAGGCAUGGGUGGCACCAAGGGGUUUGUGGGAUACCACAAGCAACCCCUGCAGGGGGGAGAGGAGACCCUGUCUACAGGUGGUUCCGUACAACUCCAACCUCACCAGCUGAAUGACUUCCACGCCGUGACGCCAUCCCACCUGCCCCACCAGUGCACCAUCUGUGAGAAGAAGGUCUAUAACCUCAAGGACUGGGACCAGCACGUGAAAGGUAAACUACACCUGCAGAACCGCUUGCUGUACUCUGAAGGUGCUACAAUCCCAGCCGGAGCCGUCCACUACGGGCCCGCCGGGUCGUCUGAAGGAUGCCUAAACAACGCCGGAGUGAAUAACUCCAUGGCUUACUCUUCCACCGCCAAUCAAGAUGUAUCAUCCGGAGCUAACCUACCCGCUGGAGCCAUGAGGACCUAUCCCAUGUCAGGGGCUGGAUUUACCCAACUCCCACCUGGGUCAAAGCCAUUUCCACCCAGGAAAUCAAUCACAGGACGGGUCGUCCACAUCUGCAACCUCCCCGAGGGCAGCUGCACAGAGAAUGAUGUCAUCAACCUGGGACUGCCCUUCGGGAAAGUCACCAACUACAUCCUCAUGCGCUCUACCCACCAGGCGUUUGUGGAGAUGGCGUACAUCGAGGCGGCCCAGGCUAUGGUUCAAUACUACCAGCUGACUCCAGCCACGAUCAACGAUCAGCAACUACUGAUCAGGAUGUCCAAGAGAUACAAGGAGCUUCAGCUCAAGAAACCAGGUAAAGACGUUGAUUCAAUCAUCCAGGAUAUCAACUCUCUGAGGGAAAGGGACGAGAUGCAGGAGACUGAUCACUACAUCCCAGAGAGAGCGCGGUCCCGUAGUCCCAUCAGCCGCUCUUUGAGCCCUCGCUCCCACAGCCCCAGCUUUACCUCCUGUAGUUCAGCCCACAGCCGGCAGGGGACACCCUGCCGAGGAGGCCCGGAACAGGGCUCCUGGACCGCCAAACACAUGAGAAGGGGGGAUGAGGACAGAGAACGAGAGAGGGAAAGGGAGGAGGUGCCAUGGAGGAACGGAGGUACAGUGGAUGACGACAGGCUGAACGGGAGGAUGCAGGAUCGACGGAACAAGCCGUACCUGAAACCCUCCGACCGAGACCGGAUCAGUCCCAGAUCAGCGGACGAAAGAGGAGGAGGAAGAGGGGAGGGGAUGAGGGGGGGGAACAGGGGGGGAGACUGGUACCCCCACCCGCGGGGUAGCCCUCAGGGGAUGCCCCCCUUCCCUUCGUACAGGAACAUGGAUGAGGACUCCUACAAAACACAACACGUGUAUAAGUCAGAGAAGCCACUGAGGCCACAGUACCAGAGACAUGAGGAGGGGAGAGUCAAGUCAAAGAGGAGGGAUGGAGGGGACUACCACAGGUCCAGACACUCAGAGUCAGAGCUGGGAGAGGAGUCUCUACCCACCAGGACAGGAGAAGACAGAAGACAGAGAGGAGUGUCCCCGACAUGGGGAAGGAGCAAGAAACCAACCAUGAGACACGGGACGGAGAAACCGGAAAUAGAGAUUACUGAAAAUAACGGAGAAACCGCUGAGGAUCAGCGAUCCAAAGAGAAGUCUGUUUCUCCUCAACGAAGUGGCAAGCAUGAGAGAGAAAAAGACAGCGAGGCGGAGGAGUGGGAGAGUGGGGACGACACGGAGGGUGAGUGCUGGUACCCCAAGAACAUGGAGGAGCUGGUCACAGUGGACGAGGUAGGAGAGGACGACUCCAUCAUCGAACCGGACCUCCCUGAGCUGCAGGAGCACGAGGACGUGUCAGCCUCAGACCUCCACAAGGAUCCUACGGAGGAGGAGGAGGAGGGGAAGGCUCCACGAUCAACCUCCACCCCCAGUCCCAGGCCCUGCUCUGAGAAGGAGUUAGCCCAGAGAGAGGAUACCGAGUUGGGCAGAGGAGGUGGGGUAGGUGGGGUGGUGGAUCCUACACCUACAGAGGAGAAAGAUGGGGAGAUUACCUCAGAACAGCUCAGUUCAGAUCUGGAUGAUUUCCCCAACCCGGAGUUCAAGGCAGCCCUGGAAGAGACGUGUUUGAACUUGGAAGCUGAAGUACUGAAGAGAGGAGCGCCGACGCAGGAGCUGGCGCUAACCAAUCACGCUGGUGCGUGUGAAAGCAGCAAGACCCAGGAUGUAAUACACAAGAUGGAGGACGUGGGGAGGGAAGUAACGGUCAUGGAGCCAGACAUACAGCAGCACAAGGCUGAGACUCCUAGAGUCAUCCAGAAUUCAACACAUGUCCCACGUCCUAUAAACCUAAUAGACAUAGGGGCUCCCUCACCUUCUAGAGGGCAGGAGAAGAUUAUCGGUGAACACAGCAUCCCUCUGGGGGUGGAGUUCAUCGUGCCCAGUACGGGGUUCUACUGUAAGCUGUGUGGCCUGUUCUACACCAGCGAGGAGACAGCCAAGAUCUCUCACUGUCGCAGUACUGUCCACUACAGGAACCUUCAGAAGUACCUGUCUCAGCUGGCAGAGGAGAGUCUACUUGGUGCACUAACUGACCCCUCAGCUACAGAGUGA